AUGAAUACCAACACAAACGUGAAAAGAGAGGAUUCUAAGCGAGGUCGCUUCAUGAAUGCCAUCAAAACUGGUAGUUUCCGUAAAGAACCCAAACCUAAACCUACUGGGCCUCAAAUGGUAGAAGACCAUCAAACGUACGUGGACCGAGGAUUGUGCGCAAAUUGUACGCUUUCCCAAGACCUAUUCGAUUGUGGGCACACUUAUAAUCGCGAAGCGACUAUGUGUGCGGACCACAGUGGCCUUUCGCUAGGACUUCCAGGCAUCAAUGUCACUCCAGAUGUUGUACGCCAACAGGGUCUAUGCGAACCAUGUACCUUACGUUCUGCGGAGGAAGCUAAACUAUCAAACUUCCUGACCAUUCGUGGGCUUUCCAAGAAGAAGUGGGGAAAGUUGGAGAACAGAGGAAAGGAAUUGGUAACUGAGAUGGAGAGAGCACGAGCAUUGACUGAGGAUGAAUGGAUAGAAUUCAAGACUUGGAAAUUGGCCGAAAUUGAGGAGAACAACCGUAUCUCCACUCUCAAGUCUGAUGAUGCCAAGGCUGAGGAGCAAAGCCUUCGGGCUCAGAUCGGGCAUCUUACUCCACGAAAGCGUCCUGCUAUGGCAGUUCGCCCAGUCAAUCCUUAAUAGUCAUAUCCCCUCAAUCGCUUCCAACUCAGCAUCUCAAAUUGGCCAAGUAUUCCCCGCUUUUUUCCAAAAUCAAUUUAUAACCUUUUCUUACUAAUAUUUCUUCUUACGCUUUGACCGAUUCUUUUUCUAGAUCAAUUUCUUCUAUCAUAAUCAAACUGAUCCUGACCCCAUAGUUCAUACAUAUAAGCCAUGUAAACUAACUUUCGCAGCUCACCCUACCUAAAAGCAAAAUUGCCCAAGCAACUUCAUGUUCACCUGAUCUAGCUCUAGCGCCCUCCAUUUCGUUCACAGAGGAAUUCGAAGCCACGCAAUCUACUCAAGUUGUUAAUAGUAAAUGUAAGGUCAUUCUCAUUUGUAUCUCUUACUGUGAUUUCCUUAAACCACUCUCGAAUUCCAUGCAGUUCCUGGAAUUUAA